GAUGGUGUCCGGUAGCAGGGACGGCGGUGCUCGUCGUCGCCGAUGGUAUCGCAUGCUCGUCGUCGCUGCGGCGGUGUUCUUUGGACAUGCGGCGACGGCGGCGGCGGGGCUGCAGGUUGGGUACUAUAACAAUUCGUGCCCUGGAGCGGAGGACUUGAUCCAGACGAUCGUCCAUGGCGCCAUCCGCAACGACGCCGGCAAUGGCCCGGGCCUCAUCCGCCUCUUCUUCCACGACUGCUUCGUCAGGGGGUGCGACGCGUCGGUGCUGCUCGACGCCGACCCGGCGAGCAACGGCACGGUGGAGAAGAUGGCGCCGCCCAACUUCCCCAGCCUCCGCGGCUUCGGCGUCAUCGACCGCGCCAAGCGCGUCGUGGAGCGCCGCUGCCCCGGCGUGGUCUCCUGCGCCGACAUCGUCGCCUUCGCCGCGCGCGACGCGUCGCGCAUCAUGGGCGGGAUCAAGUUCGCCAUGCCCGCCGGCCGCCUCGACGGCCGCGUCUCGAGGGCCUCCGAGGCGCUCGCCAACCUGCCCCCCGGCUCCUUCAACCUCACCCAGCUCGUCACCCGCUUCGCCACCAAGAACCUCACCGCCGACGACAUGGUCACCCUCUCCGGCGCCCACUCCAUCGGCCGCUCCCACUGCUCCUCCUUCUCCAGCCGCCUCUACCCGCAGAUCGACCCGACCAUGAACGUCACGCUCGGCCUGCGGGAGCGCGCCAAGUGCCCCGCGGCGACGGGGCGCCAUGACCGCGUGGUGCAGCUCGACUUCAAGACGCCGCUGCAGCUGGACAACCAGUACUACAUGAACGUGCAGACGCACGAGGUGCUCUUCACGUCGGACCAGACGCUCAUCGACCGCCCCGACACGGCGGCGCUCGUCGCGCAGUACGCCGCCAACCGCAAGCUGUGGUCGCAGAAGUUCGCCGCCGCCAUGGUCAAGAUGGGCGGCCUCGACGUGCUCACCGGACCACCCGGCGAGAUCCGGCAAUACUGCAACAAAGUGAACUAAUUAUAAAAUUCAAUUCCAGCAUGGCUGCACUUCGUUCAACACUGCAUUGAUUACUGUACAUGACAUGAUCAUCGAUUCACCAAAUUCAGCGUCGCCUUCCUCUAGCUUAAUCAAUUUCUUUACCACAGUGAUCAUGUACUUGAUGUCAUUGCUGUAACAUAAGAGAGGGUAGAAAAUUACUCGGCAUUCGUUCAGAUGUUUGAUCGAAUCGUUUUUUGAUUCCUCCAAUUCUGAAUUCUUUUUUGUCAG